UUUGUUUACUUUUUAUCUUUUAUCUUUUCCCCACGCAUUAUAAUUUGUAGCUAGUCUACGUAAAUAUCCAUUCCCCCACAUCUUCUCUUUUCUUCAGUUCGACAAUUAACACGAUGUCUCGUUUCUUAUUCACGUUCCUUUUUGUUCUUUUGUCUGUUCAGUUCUGCCUGGCGCAGCGACUGGCGACUCGUAUUGACGAGGAUGGACAUACUGUCGUUAUCACUGGUCCAAAUGGAUAUAAUGGCGUUGGAACUCUCCCCUCUAGCACGGCUACGCCCAUGUCCACUUCAAUGUCAGCCAGCUCUCGUAUGACCAAGAGCAGACUCGACGACAGUACGAUGUCUUCCACCCCUUUCGCUAGUGCUCUUGACAGUUGGCACAGUGCUGCCAAUGCUGCUUGGACGGAAUCACCAUCUGCUUCAGAUUCGAGCAGCAGUACCCCUGCAACCACAGCGUCUUCUACAGAAAAAUCCGCCGCAGUCAAUGGAGCCGCCUCUGCCGCGACUGAUGCUUCUGCUACCACAUCCCAGACUAAUACUUCCGCCGUCAUGUCUCAUGCCGAAAGCUCAGCGACUUUGUCGUUGCCCUUGAAUCUUGGUCCUGUAAUCGGAAUAACACUCACAGGUGUUGUUUCUCUGUGGGCUUUAAUAGCCUAGUAAGGCCUCGAGGGCCUGUUAUUGUUCCACCUUUACUUUUGCAGCUGGGCUGCUCCAUUUGAUUUGUAAUCUCACGUAUGAAACAAAACUUUCCCUAGCAAUGCAUCCUGGUACCUUGUCG